CGUGUCUCCCUCUCACCUCUUAAGAACACAUCAUAUUGCCGUUUUCUCUUCCCUUCAUCACCACCACCAUCGACAUCUUAGCAACCGUACCUUGCCAGAAGGAUAUUGACCAUGAGUGCCGAGGAGGUCGCACAGGAAGGUGGAAGCCAAUUCGACGAUCAGUCCACCCAGAUAGGUGGGCCGGGAGCCCCUACUCCCCUAUCUGCCCUCGAGGGUAAUGGAAUCAGUGCGCGGGAUAUCAAGGCUGUUGUAGAGGCCGGGUACAACACUGUUGAGGCUGUGGCGUACACUCCAAAGAGAGCUCUGCUCGUUAUCAAGGGUAUUUCCGAGGCUAAGGCGGAUAAACUUAUCGCCGAAGCUUCAAGAUUACAGGCGGUAUCGAAACAGGCUCCAUCACAGAGCCAGCUUUGCCACACUCUCGCCGUUCUGGAUAACGUUGCUUAUGCACGUGCAUAUAACUCAGACCAUCAGCUGCAAUUGCUGAACCAGGCUGCCUCGAUGAUGACUGAGACGAGAUUCUCGCUCUUGAUAGUGGAUAGUGCGACUUCGUUAUACAGGACUGAUUUUGCGGGGCGCGGGGAGCUUUCUGCUAGACAGACGCAUUUGGCCAAGUUCAUGAGGACGCUGCAAAGACUUGCUGAUGAGUUCGGUAUUGCGGUAGUUAUCACUAACCAAGUCGUCGCACAGGUAGAUGGCGGUGCGGCGAUGUUCAAUCCCGACCCGAAGAAGCCCAUUGGUGGAAAUAUUAUCGCGCAUGCUUCUACCACCCGCCUAUUCUUCAAAAAAGGCAAAGGCGAAACCCGUAUAUGUAAAAUUUAUGACUCCCCGUGUCUGCCAGAGUCAGAGUGCAUGUUUGCUAUCAAUGAGGACGGAAUCGGCGACCCAAAUCCUAAAGACUUAGAAAACUAGAGCACCCAAUAUAUCCUUUUUCUCCUCCUUUUACUGCCUCUUCCUCUACUUUAAAUUCCCUGCCUCUCUCAUUGUCUAGGGUUUUUUCCUUCCUUGUCGCGUUUGAAUACGAAUAGUGUAACUGGGGGCGUUGACUAGCUUAAAGGAGUGGUGCUGGGGGGCUUAUGAUAGCAUGUCUUUUUCUUCUUUUGUUUUCCUUAUGCUGACUGGAGGGGUGGAUGGAGACGGCGGUGGGGUUGGGGUGUAUAUAAUGGCAUGGCAUUUCAUGAG